AUGUGCUUAGUUGUGAUGGUUGUGUUGCCGGGUUGUGAGAUUUGUGUCGGAUGUGUUGGUUCUGAGGGCUGCGGUGGUUGUGCUGGUUUGUUGCGUUUUGGUUGUUGGAGUUGUGAUGGUUGUGGGAGUUGUGCUGGUUGUGGUGGUUGUGGAAAUUGUGCUGUUUGUGGGAAUUGUGCUGGUUGUGUUUGUUGUAGAGUUUGUAAGAGUUGCGAUGGUUAAGGGAGUUGUGUUGGUUCUGGAGGCUAUGAGAAUUGUAAUGGUUGUGAGGGUUGUGUUUGGUUGUGGAGGCUGUGAAUGUUAUUGUGGUUGGGGUGGUUGUGAGUGUUGUGUUGAUGGUGAUGGUGGUUGUAAAGGUUGUGUAGGUUGUCUUUUUUGUGGAGGUCGUGGGAGUUGUGGUUGUUGUGGCGGUUGUGAGGAUUGUGCUGAGUGUUGUGAUGGUUGCUGA